AUAAAGAAUAGGUUGAAAAAUUGAUAGAAGCAGACAAUAUAAUUCCUUGUCCUAUAUGAUUUUCAAUCUGAUUCACUUACCACCACACAUUGUCCUAAAUUCAUCACCAAGAUAUGUAAGUGAAUAAAUGGAUAGUCUCUUAAAUACAUUGGAUCAAUAAGAUAGUUUUACCUGGUAAUGAACGAAACUAGACAGUAUUUGAACUUCUUUUUUUCUGUGAUUAUCGUUUAGUAUUGUUCAAUCUAGUCUGUCAAACAUGUCCGAGAUAUAUAGUAGUCGAGGUAGAAGUAAGAGAGACGACGAAUCAGAAGAUGAGGAUACUCAAGAAACUUCCAGGUUAUCAUGGAACUAUUGGUUCAAAGUGUUGAGAAACUACUCAAGACAAGAUUAUGGAACUGGAGGAAGAAGCCAUUCUCGUGCUUAUAUCAUAGAUCCAGAUAACUGGUGGUACUUGGCAUGGACUCAAUUCAUUCUGAUAUGGGCAGUGUACUCGUCCUUCUUUACUCCAUUAGAGUUUGCAUUCUUCAGAGGCCUGCCGGAUAAAUUUUUCCUUCUCGACAUCGCAGGCCAAUUUGCUUUUCUAAUUGACAUCGUUGUCCAAUUUUUUGUCGACUAUCGCGAUCCCCAUUUCUUUCGCCUCGUCUCCAACCACAAUCUCAUCGCCAUUCGGUAUUUGAAAUCUCGGUUUCUGGUUGAUCUACUGGGCUGCUUGCCAUGGGAUGCCAUAUACAAGGUUUGUGGCAAAAAGGAGGCAGUGAGGUAUAUGCUAUGGAUUAGGCUAAGCCGAGUAUUUAGAGUGGCAGAAUUUUUCGAGAAGCUGGAGAAAAACAUACGAAUCAAUUAUCUGUUUACAAGAAUUGUGAAGCUUUUCGUGGUUGAAUUAUACUGCACGCACACAGCUGCGUGUAUAUUUUACUAUCUGGCUACGACUCUACCUUCAUCGAAAGAAGGAUAUACAUGGAUCGGAAGUUUACAGCUCGGUGACUAUAGUUACACAAAUUUCAGAGAGAUUGAUCUUUGGACGCGUUAUGUAACAUCACUCUAUUUUGCUAUCGUUACCAUGGCAACUGUUGGUUAUGGUGAUAUUCAUGCAGUAAAUGUCAGGGAAAUGAUAUUUGUCAUGAUCUAUGUAUCAUUUGACAUGAUUCUCGGUGCAUAUUUACUUGGUAACAUGACAGCCUUGAUUGUGAAAGGAUCCAAAACAGAAAGGUUUAGGGAUAAAAUGGCAGAACUUAUUAAAUAUAUGAACACAAAGAAGCUCGGACAGAACAUAAGCAAAGAGGUGGAACGCCAUGUUCGAUUACAGUACGAGAGAAAUUACACUAACGCUUCUGUUCUUGAGGAUCUUCCACUUGCUACACGAGCUAAAAUAUCAAGAAAAUUGUACCAACAGCACAUUAAGGAAAUUCCUCUUUUCAAAGGGUGCUCGGACGGAUUUGUCAAGCAAAUUGCAAUCAGAGUGCAUGAAGAGUUUUUCCUUCCCGGAGAAGUGAUUAUAGAAGACGGCAAAACUGUGGAUCAACUUUACUUCCUUUGUGAUGGUAAACUGGAAGAAGUUAAAAAGUAUGAAGAUCCUGAAACGCAAGGAUCUUUAUCGACUCUGGAUACUCACAGUUCAGUUGGUGAAAUUUCUGUUCUCUGUAACAUCCCAGAAUGUCGUACAGUCCAAGCUACUGAAUUAUCUAGGCUCCUGCGCAUUGAUAAGCAAGCUUUCAUAGACAUUCUUGAGAUUCACUUUCGUGAUGGGCGCACCGUUAUCAAUAAUCUUCUCGAGGGAAAAGAAUCUACCUUUCGAAGUGACAUAAUGGAGUCUGAUGUUAUUCCACAUAUUGAAAAAAAUGAAUCGGAGUAUGCUAUGAGAUUGAAUUGUGCUGCUCAUAAUGGAGAUCUGCAUCGACUGAGACAUUUCGUUGAAGCAGGAGCAGAUCCCAAUAAGGCUGAUUACAAUGGACGAACAGCUCUGCAUCUUGCUGCAUCGAAUGGGUAUGAAGAUAUUGUUCAGUUCCUUAUCCAAGGAAAAGUCGAGAUCAACAUUAGAGAUAAUUUUGGGAAAACUCCAUUAUAUGAAGCGAUCAAGAAUAGCCAUGACCGAGUGGCAUCUUUGCUUGUGAACGCAGGGGCUUCAUUGUCUAUAGAUAAUGCUGGAAAUUGUCUGUGUGAAGCGGUUGCAAGUAGAGACUUAGAUUUCCUGAAAAGGCUUUUGGCAAAUGGCAUUAAUCCAAACUCGAAAAAUUAUGAUCUUAGAACGCCUCUACACUUAGCCGCAUCAGAAGGGUUGUAUCCAGAGUCGAUUUUACUUUUAGAAAGUGGGGCUAGUGUCUUUGCAACAGACAGAUGGGGAAAAACUCCACUGGACGAAGCCCGCAUAGGUGGAAACAAAGGUCUAAUUAUGCUACUGGAAGAUGCAAGGAUUUCACAGUUGUCAGAAUUUUCUGUCUGCUUAGAGAGAAUUGAAGGUAAAACGCAAAAAAAGAAAUGCACAGUUUUCCCAGGGAAGCCAUGGGAUUGUAGAGAUGAUAGGAGUAUUGGAGUUGUUUUAUGGGUUCCACAAACCAUUGAAGAGCUCAUUGAAACAGCAAAAGAGCAGUUAAAUUUUACAAGUGGUUCCUUUAUAUUAUCUGGUAACGGAGGCAAGAUUCUGGAUACAAGCAUGAUUUCUGAUACUGAAAAGCUAUAUUUAGUUGGUGAAGCCCAAUGAAUCACCCAACUUUGUUCUGAGUAUCAUCCUGUGAGUGUGUAGAGAGAACGUAUAUAAAUAUAUAUAGAACAGUGUAAUUAUAAACUUUUUUGAUACUGAAUUUUUCAGGCUUUUUGAAUUUUA